AUGUCGUUCACGGAGCUGCAAAGCGCAUCUUAUGCGGGAGAUAUUGUGACCGUCAGGGAGCUUCUAUCCCAACGUGCAGCCGUUCAUGAGCGUGGGUCUGCAGGCAGCUGGACGGCCUUGCAUGUAGCAGCCGCGCAAGGGCAUCUCAAUGUGGUGGAAGCGCUUCUUGCUGGGAAUGCGGAAGUUUGUGCUCUUGAUGGAGAUGGCCGAUCGGCACUGGAUUGGGCAGAGUGGCGCGGGCGUGGACACGUUGUACAAGCUUUGCAGCGCCAUGAGCGGUUGCACCGUUUGCUGGAUGAGCAGCUUGCUGCGUCACAAGCUGAUAUGAGCACGAAAUUGUUCACAGCAGAAGCGCGACUCGCACAGCUGGGAACAGAGUUGGCAGCCAGUUCCGGGAAUUCAGGACCGCGACAGCCAGCCGAGCAGCUUGCACCCUUCCCAGAGACAGGUGUUGAGCAGAUGGUGGAAAGCUUACAGCAGCAAAAUGCAUUGUUGGAACAACGAGAGCUAGAUCGAGUGGACCUUGAACAACGCCUGAAAAUCUGCGAGCAAGAGGAGCACAGUUGUAAGGACGCUUUGGUGCGGGAAAAGGAGCUGCAGCAGCAUCAUGAAGGUAGUCUUCGAGCAGAAUUGGAAUACGAAAAGAAGCAGUUCGACAUGUUGCGUGAAGAACACGCGUCCGGAUUGACAAGGGCAGAAGAAGAAGUUCAGCGGCGUGAAGCCACAUGGCACCGGGAACGAUUGCAGUGCGAAGAGGCCGAACAGCGUGUACGUGCUUUGGAAAAAGCGUGCGGGCCAGGUGAAGAGCGGCUCCAACAAUGUGAAGAUAUGUUCGAACGAGAGUGUCGCAAGCGAGUUGAAGCUGAAGAUUGCCUGAGAGAGCGUGAGACGAUGGAGCAGCAGCGCCACGACAUUGCGGAACGUGCGAUCCAGAAAUUGGAGCAGGAAGUAGCUGCGGCGGAGGACAGGGCAGAACUUCUGCAAAAAGAAACCGUCGCCGCAGAGGAGGAGGCACGCCAAGCGCAGGCGGCUCGUGACAUGCACGUGCUGCGGCAGCUUCCCGUGCGUGGGGCCGCUGACAGUCAAAAUGUGAGUGGCCCGACGUCUUGUCAAGUAUACUCAGCAGUGAGCAUGACUGGCCCGGAGAAGACAUCGCCAGAAGAGCCAGGUCAUGACGAGCUCAUGGACGAUGGGGACGAAAGGUCCCACGUGGGAGGCCCAAAAGCGGGCCUACGAGGAUCUCUCCGGGAGCCUCAGAGCGUCCAGCGAGGUAAGUUGGACGGCCUUCUGCACAUGCUGCAAGCGGCCAUUGUCGUUGAUGCGCAAAGCAGCCACGGGCGGUUUGCCUAUGUGGUCUGCCUCUGGGGUCGUAAUGCGGAGUACGUGCUGGGAGCAAUGGUGCUCGCCCGCUCGCUGAAGAGGUCCGGAACUCGUCAUGAUCUCGUUGCCCUUCACACGAAUGAUGUCCCGAAAGAGGCCGUGGAGCUGUUGCAGAAAGCAGGAUGGUGCCCACGCCAAGUAGAGUACGUCGAAGCAGUGUCGAGGCUUUACCAGCGGCAUUGCAUCACUGGACGUUUUUCAGAUGUGUUCACCAAGCUCAGGGUGUUCAGCUUGGUGGAGUACGACAAGAUCUUGUUGAUGGACGCGGAUCUCUUGGUUUGUGGCGUCACCGACGAGCUCUUCGACUUGGAAGCUCCUGCAGCGAUGGGUCGUGGGCCGUGGAGUGGCUAUGCCCACGGUGAGCAGAUCAAUGGCAGCUUCUUUUUCGGAGGUGCCCGUUCUGGCCCCUGGGGUUGGGGCCAGUCGGGUGGCAUCAAUGCUGGAGUCAUGCUGCUGAAGCCCAGCUUGGACACAUUGGCACAUUGUUUGGCAGAGGUGGCCGAUGAAAAGCACCCGGAACAUAUACGUGGAAACGGGCCGGAACAGGACUACCUGUCCAGAUAUUUUGCCAGCAGCUGGACCCACAUCAGUGUGGCCUACAACUUCCAGCUGCAUCAGAUGUACUACGCCUUGAAUCCCGAGUGUGUGGACUCAGCUGAUCGAGCUGGCUUCUUGGGAUGUCCCGAGAAGGUCAAGAUCUUCCACUACUCGAGCGAUCCGAAGCCGUGGGCUCGACUUGUGGAACCCGCAUAUGCAGCGUAUAGCGAGGAGGAGUGGUUGGAAGAAGUGCUCACGAAGUUCAAUGGCUACCGAGCGUGGGUGCUCAAGGACCCGGAUGCCAUCGAACGUGAGGCAGACCGCUGUGGCAUUGUAUGCGGCCCGGACGGAAGGAUCCACAAAGCACUUGGGUGGGAAAAGUUUGUUCCCAUGGAUGCCGAGAGCUCUCGCUCAGCCAAUGGCAAGCAGGAGGAGGGCGAGGAUUCAAGCCCGAAAGAAGAAUGGCGGCGAGUCCUGGGCGAAGAGAUUUUCGUGCCAGCAAGCGCAAUCAAGGGUGCAGCGAAGGUGACACGCACUGCCCUCAAGAUGUGGGAGGAGGUCUAUCAAGACCUGGCUGCCGGCCUCGCCGAUCAGAAGCUUGCUGAGACGGUGAUGAGGUCGGUGGGCAAGGACGCCACGGCAGUGGACACGGCAAGCUGGAAGCGAAGUCAUGGUUGGUGGGUCGCACCCGCAGAGUGGCCUGCAGAGCGGCGGCUUACGUCUUCCUGCAGUUGGCAUCCCAGCGGGCCACAGGCCAAUCUUCCCGGGAGCGAUGUGCUAAAGUCGGAGUUCACCGGGAACCUUCCCUCGGCAGGUCUUGUUGACAUGUGGGAGUGA